AUGGUACCAAAUGGUACACCUGCGGCAAACGCAGACGACGAGAUGAAGGAAGAAGAGGUGCCACGCGAGGUACCAUCCGCCUACGCCAAGCGACUUCAGGCCAUGCUCAUGGAUUUCCAGGCAUCACUCAGCAACAUCCAGCAGGCGCCGGCGAGUUCUACGGAUCCUACCGAUCCUAACCCGGCGCCGCAGACCGAUGAAAUGCUUAUCGAACCGACGAUCGCAGCAGAGAAGCAGCAAGAAGCAGUUGCCGCCGUAGCGCCAGCCCCGUCAAUCGCGACACCGCCGGCUGCAUCCACUGCGACAGCAAGACCCGGCUCCAUGCCACCACAGCCGGCUGCGCGACCUGAGAAGCCGGUGGCGCACGGUGGACCCACGAGACAAUUCCUCAACUCGCACAUCACGCCGCAUUUGCUCGAGGGCAUGAAGUACCUUGCCGUCUACGAGCCGGAGAAGCCGCUCCUGUGGCUUUCGGAAUUUCUCCGCGACAGGAGCAAGGAAAUUGAAGGGUCGUAA